ACAUGCAUUUUCAGGUAACAUCUACACGAGGACGUUACGAACACUUGUAACUUGUAAACAGCAAAUCUUUCACAAUGGGGAAGUUGGCUGUGAUAGGGAUUUUGACUUUAUUUAUAUUUUACAUUGUUGCAGGACGCCCAGUAACAGAUGUGCCAAACGGCGAAAACGAUAAUGAAAACGAUACUGAUAACGAUACUGAUACCGAUAGUGAAAAUGGAGAUGAUGUGACGUCAGAACAAACUGAAGGUGUACAGCCAACACAAUCAAAUAACGGUGUUCCAACAACAACAGAUACUAACGGUGAUCCGACAACAACAGAUACUAACGGUGAUCCGACAACUCAAUCAUAUAACGGUGCGCCGCCAACAAUAUCAAACAACGGAAGGCCUAUACCAAUAUCAAAUAACGGUGCACCGCCGCCAACAUCAGCAAAUUUAUACAGUCACCUAGUACAAUCAAAUAAAGUUGCACCAAGAGGAAGGAUGUUUAAACUUUACAAGUAAUAUUUUUUUUUCUAUAAAGCUAGCCGGGUUUUAUCUAAUAAAAGUGGAAAGUG